AUGCCCGCCCCGGCAGCUAUCGAGUCGCCGGCUCCGGCCCGCUACACAGUGCACGGCGACGAUGACUCCAUGGGCGACCACGCCGUAGCCGACGUGACCUUCUCGGACCUCGGGUUCUCGUCCUCGGACGACGAGGCCGGUGUCUUCUUCGGCACCCCGAAGGCGAUCGAGCGCAAGAUUGUGGCUUCCCUGUCCAAGACGAUCCCACCUUCUCCGGCAUCCCGAGAUCUUGCUCUGACAGCUGCAUCUGGAUCGUCCCCCUCUCGCUCCCCGGCCGUGAAGCGGGUGAAGAAGCGGGACUCGCGCGAGUUCCUGCGCCGCAAGACGCUUCUUCUGGCGCACCCCGAGGUGUCGCCGGCGGAGAAGGUGUGGGAGGGCAACUUUUACGAGAAGGAUCCGCCAACAACAGAGGAACAGGCUUCUCCCAGCUCGGAGGGCAGUAAUCACCAGUCGCCCAAUAUUCUGGACAUGACGACAUCGCUGAUCACAACGGCGGAUGUCUCGCCAGCCUCAUCCAGCUCAAGCCUGGACCUAGACAUCUUCAACAAGAGUGAUACCUCCUUAGAAUCUGACUUUGACAAGGAGAACACCGACAUUCCAGAACCGCUAGACUAUACACCCGAACCAGAGUAUAUCCCCGAUGAGCCCGAGCCGACCGCCGCUCUCACGCUUGGCAUGCGGGAAGCCCAGCUUAUCGACCUGGACUCUUCACUGCAGCUCGAUCUUGGAGGACUCAAUAUUCUGGACGUCGACGACCCCGAGGUCGGUCAUGACCUUCGGCCGAUGGAGUCGACUGCAGACCUUCUCGGAAGUAGCGACUCGGAGAGUGGUGACAGCAGCUUCCGGUCGACUACCUCGCCGAUGUCCUCGGGUGCUAUCGAGACCUCGCUGCAAACGCCAGCGCCGGUCGAUGUGUCACAGGAGCCGGAGGAACCGGCAACGCUCCCUGACAGUGCCGAGGCUGUGGCCGCCCUUGUCAAUCUCGUUGAACCUGCUGUUGAGGAGCAGAACAAGCCGCUCUCCGAAUUAGCGACCCCUUUAAAGGCUCUGGGAACAUUAGAGGUUGAGGAUCUGCGCCGCUCGACACUGAAGCCGGGCCCUCGAGCACUUGCGCGAGUGUCGGACGCUUCCAUCGUCGGCUCUGAGACAUCCUUCGCUUCAGACCUUGACUCACCGAAAGCGCGUGGCCCGGUGCAAAUUCCAGUCUUCUCUGUUCCCUCACCAAAACACACCCCAGUUCGUGGCUUAGCGCCUUCCAGCCACGACACGUUCUCGGUGCCAGAGCACUCCAACGAUUUUGCCCUUCCCUCGAUCGACAGCCCGGUACCGUCCCCGAAACCGAGACAGAAGCCUGUCCCGAUCGCUGUGAUCACCCCCGAGGCUCGGCAACGAGUGUAUGAGGCGCUUCCGCCGAGUCAGAGACCGAGCCGCAUAUUGAAGUCGAGUCAUAUCCGCACUUCGUCCAAGUCGGAGAACCGUCCGCCGACGCCCACGAAGGAAGAGGUUGAGACGAAGGAGCGCGCCCAGAUCAUCCGCAGCGAGCUCGAUACAAUCUUCAAGGCGAAGUGUGCCGGAUUCGGCUUACCGCGGCCUCAGAAUGCUUCGACGUCAAUGGCGAGUAGCACUACAAUCGCUGCGACGCCGCGAAGACCGGUCCAGGAGCCCGUCAAGGGUCUGGCGGAGGCGACCAAGGUGUCCCCGUCGAAGAAGGUGGUUAAGAAGGCACUUACGACUUCGGGCUUACCUCGGCCAACGUCGGCGAUCCCGACCGCUAAGAGACGGCCGGAAUCGAGCUUGUCCCGGCCGACGGCGUCGACGGCCGCUAAGAUCGCCCCGACUGCCCGGCCACCGCUUGCCGCUGCGAGGAGAACUGCGACAACUGUGCCUUCCCGAACCACCGUGCCCGUCACGGCAGUCGGCAGGUCCUCCGUUAUGGUGCCUGUCCGCCCUGCCGAGACGCCCGUUCGGAUGAAGCACGCCUACGAGCAGCCUGCGUCUGUCCGGACACGGCCACUCGCUGUCGGUGUCGGUACUCGUCCGACUCUCGGCCCUGCAGCGCGCCUGGUUCGUGACCCAACGUCCGGUGGCCUCGUCUACGCUACGAGCGGCGGGCAGUCGUUCAGUGCCGAGUUCUCCGUUGCCCCUCCCCGGUCGCCGGUGGCGCAGUUCGCUCCCCGCUCCCCCGCUGCUCAUUUCACGCCCCGAUCACCUGGCUUUUCGCUUGGGCGACCGACACGCCCCGGAGUUGGACCAACACCAACACCGCAACGCAACUUCCGUCUCGGAACCGCAAGUCGCACAGGAACGCUGAUGGGAGCCCGGCGACAGCCGUCCCCGACGAAGAGCUCGAGUGUGCCGACUCUGCUCGUGCAGAGGGAUUCGGAUGACCCUUCUGAGGGAUCGGACUCGGGUUCUGCCUCGGGCUCUAAGGACGCGCCGAAGGAGACCCAGGCUGCAAACGAUACGCCCAAGGAUCAGUCAACAGAAGCACCUGAAUCUGCGGAAACGUCUGACGAGACCGUGCCUGCACCCGAAUCUGCCCCUGGACACACAGACACAGAGCCCAACGGUUCGUCCAGCGAGCCCAACGGACAUGCCGAGACGAAGCCCUCCGAGCCUGAGCCCGAGAAGCAGAAGGAGAAGACGCCCUCGCCUCCUGCCCAGCCAGCUCCCGAGCCUUCGACGCCCGUCUCCGCCUCUGGCCGACCACGCCGCACCCCGAAGCCCGUGGACCGGCUAGUCCAGGCUCCCGUUCCGACCAAGGCAGCCGUUACUCCCUCGAUCGCCCCCGGUCUCUCAGAAAAGGAGCUCAAGACGCAAACACAGCGGAACACGAUGCGGAACCAGGUCUACUUCUGCGCGAUCGACAGGCAGAUCUAUCCGCACCCUGGCCGAGAAGGAGGAGGAGGAGCAGAAGGCCGAGCGGGACGCAAGGGCGAGGCGACGAAACAGGGGCAGCGGCGACCCGAGCUCGGCGACCCGAGCUCGUCCGACGACGAGCCCCCCGUCAUCGAGAAGGUCACGGUCGACUCGGCACCAGGCGACGAGGAGGGGGAGACGUGGAAGACCCCCGCUAAAAAGCGGAAACGCAUCACCUCAGACGAAGAGGACAACACGCGCAACGUGAGGUGGGACAGGGCGCUGACCGUCUUCCGCGGCGGGCUGGGGGAGGCGCCGCGACUCCGAGCCCGAUCAACAGAAGAGGGACAUGACAGCCUCGACACGCGCCGGACGGCUAGUGAGGAGCCGGCCCGCAGUGCGCUCAAGGCCGGAGCCCAGAUCCAGCUGGAUCGGAACGGGAACGCGGUCGACCGGCCCGUCGAAAAGCUCAAAAGGCAGAAGAUCACGGUCACGGCGGUGUUUUACGAUGGCGAGGAGCCGGUGCCUGAGCCGGCGAAGAAUACGCGGAGUAAGAAGAAGAAGAAUGCGUGA